AUGCUUGAAAGAACGGCCGCAAGUCUGGAACCAUGCAACUUCCAACGAGUGCUCCCUCCGACAACAAUCUCGCUCAAGUCGCACCGAAGACUCCGUAGCACUUUUUGGAACCAUGGCGCUGCUGAGAUCGAGUUGUCCAGUGUCUGGCAGGCACUCGUCCGGGACCCUCUCGGGUCACUCAAUAUCUUCCCCGUCUCUCGGCACCCAAGGUCGGAACCCCUGACGGCCUCUACUUUCUUGCUCGACUUCUUGAAUCCCCAUGGUGCGACGUCACUGUUGAGGAGGCUGUCCCCUUCAGCUCUUGAUAAAUACGAGCGGCCGAGGCUGUUCCUCAGAAGUGCUGUGCCUCGGCUCUUUACUUCGUCAGCGGCCUCAGCUCAGCAGUCUCAGUCGCAGCCCCCGGCUGAGAAGAUACCAGAAACUUCCGCUGUUGGCAAUGAGUCGACAAACGAUGCAGUUGCGUUUGAAGAAGAAGGAUUCGACGAAGACUACGAGGACUACGAAGACGAGUAUGAUGAGAGCACCUCGUUUACGGACCCAGAAGCAGAAUCGCCCGCGCUUCCGGCUCGUCCAGCGCAGAGAACGGCAAAGCGGCCCUCGAAGUCUCGAUGGGACGCACUGCAUGACAUCUUCCAGACUGAAGAUCCCUCCGACUUCAUCCACGCAUGGCGGCUGUACCAUAGUGCCCCAAACAUAGAGCGACGUAGGGCGAUUCGCAACGAGUUCCUCGAUUACGCGACAAAAUGUCGAAGUAUGGAGCAAUUACUCGCCUUGGCCAUCAAGUUUUCAAAGUGGGAGACAUUUGGAGACGUUUGGGAAAGAUAUCCGGAUGCACACCGAGUCGACGCCGAGGAACUCGAGUGGAAGCACAUUGAGAGUGUCCUUUCCAUGGAGGAGAUUGGGAACGGAAUCAAGGCCCUCGUAUUCCGCAUAGACACGUCCAGCCGUUCCGUCGUGCGCCAGGAUCCAGAGUUUUCCAAGACUUUGCUGGACAGGGUGGUCACCCCAUGUAUCCGCAAAUACUGGCGAGAAAUGAAGGGAGACGACCUCGCCCUGUUGCUGCAUCUACUCAAGGAUCAUCUGCUCUACGAAGAUCUUAUCUGCCAUUCCAAAGAAUUAGGCCCCAGCCUCACAAUCAAGCUCUACAGGCAGUAUCGAAAAUUGCGAGGGGUGAAGCUCCGCGGUCACGUCAUGCGUGAGAUGAUGCAGAAAGUCUUCUUCCCUGCCGAUGAUGCUGGCGGCAUGGAAAUGAUGAUGAGGGACUGGCACACACGCUUCAAUGAAUUGGAUAUACCUGGUUACCGGCUCUACAUGACUUUUCAUGCCCGCCGCGGUGAUGCAAUUGCCGUGCAGCGACUGUGGGAUGCAUACGGGACAGACUACCCUGAUCGAAAAUCCCCCGUGGGCAGCAGGAACCCGGAGUAUCUCCCUCUGCUCCACGUCCAAGCUGUCAAGGGCGAGCUCGGCGAAGUGCGGCGCGUGUUCAAUAAGCUUCAGAGUGACUACGGUACCAACCUGCCUGUCAUUUGUUGGAACGUGCUACUCAAUGCACAUGCCAAGGCCGGGGAAUAUGACACGGCGAUCCGUGUCUUCACCGUCUUGCAAGACGCUUGCAAGCCUGACAAGUACAGCUACGGCACAAUGAUGGGCCUCAGUGGGUCAAGAGGAGAUCUCGAGUUCACGCUGGAGUUAUACCGCAUGGCCAAGAACGAUGGCAUUGAACCGAAUAUGGCCAUGGUCGACUGUGUCGUAGAAGCCUACUCCCAAAACGACAGACACCUCGAUGCGGAGAGAAUCUGCGUCAUGACAACGAAAGCGCGCCGAUUCAAGCGGGAGGAAUGCACCGUGUUGUGGAACACCCUGCUGUAUCACCAGGCCUCUCGGCGCGACCUAACGGCCGUCAACCGCCUUCUCGUGGCGAUGACGGAACACGACGUCCCUUAUGACAACGAAACAUACGAUCACCUCCUCCGAGGGCUGGCACUAUGCAGGCAACCUCAUCAUGCGCUCUACCUCCUGACUUCUGCCGUCAAAAGUCACUCAUUCAAGCCUACUCUGAGGCACUAUGCUUUGCUGAUGAGUGCCUUCCUCAGGAGCGGGCAAUCUAUGAAAGCCCUUGAGAGCAGCACCAUCCUCCGGGACCUGGGCAUGCCGAAGAGCAACGAGGCUAUGGUUCGAGUCUUCAAAGCCCUAGGUGGAUUGGCCCAAAGGUCGCCAGAUAAGGAUGACGGCAAGCAACAUGUCCUACUAACCUCGGCCUUGCGACAAUUCAGAAAAGCGAUGAAGCCCGCGCGGAGACCCAAGCGAACGCAGCAGCUUGGAGAUAUAUGGAUUCAGACACUCAAUUUCCCAGACACCGUAGCAAAUCGCACAGAUUUAGCCUCUGUCUUGAUCUUUGUUUUCACACAGAUGAGGCAGACCAUGGCGGUACCAGAGAUCUUGCAGCUGUGGCAGAACUCAUCCCCGGAGGCGGCGAACAUGCAGGAGCCUCCGCUGAGACUGCUGGAGUCGCUGAUGCUAUCGGCUUUCUACGAUGGAAACUAUGCCGAAGUCAAAGACUUGUGGAACAUGAUACUCGACCGCGCAAUUCACAUGAGCCAUGUGGGAGCACCGGGAACGACAAGGGACGAGCCUCUCCCAUCCAUGCGGUACAUCCUCACCAACCCGCUCAAGACGAUGCAGCGCAUGUAUGCUGCACAGGGUGAUGCCGAUGGCCUACGCCAGGUGAUAUCCACGGUCCUACAGUCCAAGUUCCAGCUGGACAGCAAGAACUGGAAUUACUAUGUCCAGUUCCUUGCUUCGAUGAAGAAGUUCCGUGAGGCCUUCAUCGUGUGUGAGGAGCAGCUCAUGCCUCACUGGCUGGGCUGGCAGCGGGUGCGCCGCGCGGUAUCCGAUGCCAAGACGAGGCUGCCGCUCGACAUGCGCCGAAAGGGUGCCAGCCCUAGGGUCAACCGUCCUAUCACCCAUACGCUUUUGACACUGACCAAGGCAUACAUGGAUUUGGAGCAAAUGGCGUCCUGGAGUCCUGAGGCGGACCGGCUUUUGAACUACAUCGUGGACAAGUGCCCCGGAGUCAUGGCGGCUGUCAAGACGUUGAUUCGGACGGAUGACGAGACAGAGCGAAGGCACCUCAUGAGCGAGAAGCAGUCGCAGCUGGAGGAGGAAAUGAGAAGGGAACAGCUGCGAAAGGAACGGCUGGGAGAUGUCGCGGACGAGGAGGUGCCCCAGGCCUUCCUGGACAUGAUGGAUCUCGCCGGGGCAGGCCAAGGCACCUCGGUGAAGCAGGAGUCUUGGGGCGAGGAGAACGACGAAACGAUGGCUGACGCCAGGAGCGACGACGGGGACAGCCAGUGGAGCGAUGUGCAUGAUUCAGCCAGCGAGGAUUGGACGCCCAGAAGGCCUGAGUCUUCCCGCAACUCGCAGACAUUGGGAUCUCCUGUGAGCGAUCCUAUUUCGGAAGACUUGCGCAAGGCUGAGGAUGCGAUUUUCACGACCAAGAAGCCUGCGAUAUUCACGUCCGCUGCUGCGAGACCUCCUCGAACGUCGGCCUCACACGGGUCCAAAGCUGGUGGCAGCAAGGAUAGAUGA